AUGAGCUAUAACAAUUAAGUACUAACUUAUAAUUAGUAUAAUUAGCAGUAGCCAGCUCAGCAACUAUAGUAAUAACCAUAACAGCAGCAGUAGUACUAGCCUUAUCCACCUCAUUCAGCAGCUAUGAUGCAAAACAAUUACUAGAAUAUGCCUCCAUAAAAAAUCAAUAAUUAAAUGUAAUAGCACUAGCAAAUUAAUUCCAAGUAACCAAAUCCAAAUCAGCCGCUCCCCCAAGGUAACCCAUAGAGACAAAUGUCAAAUAAUCAGCAAAUGAAUAUACAAAAUCAGCAACAACCGUAACAGAUCAAUUAUAAUAAAGCAUAGCAAUUAGGAUAGCCCAUAUAGCAUAAUUAGCAUUAAAGCUAUUCGAAUUAAAAUACAAUGAAUAAUAUUCCUUAAAACUAAAUGGAUUAGGUUCCUCCAAGCAACUAGAAUAAUAACACUAUCUAAGAUUAAGGAAGCAUGAUUAAUUAGUAUGGCUAUCCAAGCUAGACUAAUAUUUAAUAAAUGCCUCCUUAAACUUAGAAAUAAAUUACCCCUUAGCAGAGCAAUCCCUAGUAGCGAGUUCCAAUUGGAAUGAUGAAUUAAAAUUAAAUAAACAAUGGAAUGAACCCUUAGUAUAUAAACAAUGUUUAAAUAACUCCACAGCCUCCUGCACCUCAGAAUUAUCAACCAAAACCGCCACCUGCACAACCAUAAAGUAUAGCUAGCAUUAGAGACAAAAUUGAUGAAAUACCAGAUCUCAAAAUGGUUACUAUUCCUCCAUUAAACGAGAAGAUCUAUAGAGUCAAAGACCGCAUUUUAGGAGAAGGAAGUUUUGCCAACACUUAUAUAGCAUAACUACAAAAUGACAACUCAAAAAAAAUUUAUGCAUGCAAAAUAAUCUAAAAGUAGUAGCUUAUUUAAAAACUUUUGCAAGCCAACAACCCUCAUGAAAAGUAGGAAUUCUUCUUAAAGGCUCUCUAUAAUGAAGUAGAAGUCUGGAAAACGCUUGAUCACUCAAAUAUUGUUAGAUUCUAUGACUAUUCAGAGACUGCAAAUAAUUAUUAUUUUAUUAUGGAAUAUUGUGAAGGAGGAGACUUGGAGUUGCUUAAGAAAAAAAUUAACAGAGUAGAUGAAAAAUAAGCAGUAAUAUUAUUUCAUCAAUUAAUUGAGGGAUGUAAAUAUCUCUAUGACAAAUCAGUAUUCCAUCGUGAUUUGAAGCCAGCCAAUGUUCUAAUAAGUGAUGGAGUUGCCAAAAUUGCAGACUUUGGUUUUUGCAAGCUUGUUGAAGAAAACAAAGAAAAAGCUAUGUUUAGAACUACUGUAGGUACUCCUUAUUACAUGUCACCUUAAAUUCUCAGUAGCGCUGAAUACUCUAUCAAAUGCGAUGUAUGGAGUUUAGGUGUUAUGUUUUACGAAAUACUUACUGGCAGUUUACCAUGGCUUGUCCCUGCAAAAAGUUCUACUUAAGAACUACUUGAUAAGAUCAUUAAGGAAUAACUAGAAUUUCCAAAGAGCUUAGCUUUAAGUAAUGAAAUUAAAAACCUAAUUUCUUGUAUGCUUUAAAUAAAUGAAGAUGAACGUAUAUCUAUGCCAGAAGCAUUGUAAUAAAUUUAGAUUAUUUUAGGUAAGCAUUAUCCUCAAUACAGUAAAAUGUCAUAACCACAAUAAUAAAAAUAGCAACAACAAUAGUAAUAGCAAUAACAGUAAUAGUAAUAAAAUCCUCCUCAAAUUGAUUACUAAUUCAACAAAAAUGCAUAAUAAAAUUAAUAAAAUUUAUCUUAAUUAGAAUUUCAAUUUCCUGAGGGUAAUUAAAACAUAAAUAUGAUAAACGAAUAUAACUAACCUGCUCCUAAUAUGGCUAAUAAUCAAAAUAAUAUACAUAUGACUCAAUAAAAUUAAAUGAAUAAUAUGAACAAAAGAAAACAGCCUAUUUACAAUCCUUAACAGAAUAACUAUAAUCAACCAGUGAUCCAACCAUAAUAUAAUAAUUAACCUUACUAAAAUCCUCCAAACUAACCUUAAAUGUAUAGUUAAAAUCCUAACCAGUAUUAGCGCUAAGAUAGCAUGGAUUUUGAAUCAACUCAAAGCCAAACUCCAUAUAUGGGAAAUUUAAAUUAUAUACCUAAUUACAACAGCAGUAUAGAAAAUUAAGAAAUGAUCGGAAAUUACAAUAAUUUCAAUAAUAAUUAAAACAACAUUUAAAAUAAUCCAAGUGUUAUGCAAAAUAAUAUGAACUAAUAGAAUAAUAAUAAUCCUAACAAUAAUAAUCUUAACAACAACAAUAAUAAUAACAAUAAUAAUUAUUACUUAUCAAAUUAUUAGUAAAAUGAGUAUGAAAAUAUGUUUAUAGGAUAACCCGAUCAAUAAGAAAAUGAAUAAAUGAAUCAAUAUUAAUUCAUAUAACAACCUCUUGCAAAUUAACAUUCUAGCUAAGACUAAUAAUAUUAAAUGAAUAAUAACUAAAACCCAUAAUAACCGCCUUAUUACAUCCAAAAUUAACAAAUUCCGAACAUGAUUAAUCAAUAGCCUCAGCCUAACCAUUACUAAAAUAUGUAGCCACUCAAAUAAUAGCAACAAGAUUAAAUUGAGGAAUUCCAAAUCGAAAAUUAGAAUAUGAUAAAUAAUAAUAUCGAUUUUGAGGAAGAAAAUCAAUAUGAAUAACCAAACUAGCAACAGUAUGACCCUCAAAAUGCAAUUCAAUAAACUAACAGUAACAUUCCCAUAAAUUAUCAUCAUCAAUAUUCUUAUCCUUAAUAGAUGUGA